CAUCCCUACAUUAGUAAUUAAGAAAUCGGUAUUGAAGGAAUGUAAACUCGUCGAUAAUUUCAAGGAUAAAUAUCGCAUAUAAAUUCAAAUAAAAUGUUUGAAAUUGGAACGAGUGUGGAAAAUAUCAUCGAUAUGUACCACCACUUGUUUCUUACGGCCCAAAUGGCCCAAUGCACCUAUAUGAUUAAGUUAAGGCCCCAAACACUUUUUUUUUUUUAAACAUAAAAAAAACGUCCCACAGUUGUUUUUCAUUGCAAUCUCAAUUCAAAAACUGUUUUCUUGGCGAAAAUAGGAGAUGAGCAUUUCUAAUUUGGUAGCGGAAUCUAUUUGGCAAGAGAUUGAAGCAACUCACUCAGUGAGCGAUGAUCAGCUAUCAACAUUGCAUUUUAUAUUCGGUAAGAAUUUUGAGAGAGCUACCAGGAUUUUUGAUCAAGCCGGAGUUAAGAGGAUUUCUGGUCAGCCCAGUGGCCGAUCCAUCUUUCAGGUUGUAGGAGAAUCGAGGAAGAAAGAGGAAUAUCUUUGCUUCCCGGAACACUAUUGCAGUUGCUAUUCAUUCUUCUAUGAUGUUAUCAACAGAGGGGAAGAGCUCUGUUGUAAGCAUCAACUAGCUGCAAGGCUUGCUGCCUCGACUCGGACAUGCGUUGACGUUAAGGUUUCCGACGAGGAAUUGGCACUGCUGCUCUCCAAGAUCUAACACUCUAGUAGAAAUCAAAAUCCUAUGUAAUAUGAAAUGCUGCAUUCAGUUUAUGUUUUCUUGUUCCAAUCUGCAACAAAAUGUCUAUUUAUACAAGCUAGUUUCACCAUUCA